AUGAGCAUCUCGGUGAACGGGCAGUCGUGCGUGCCGCCGGGGUUCCGGUUCCACCCGACGGAGGAGGAGCUGCUCAACUACUACCUCCGCAAGAAGGUGGCCUCCCAGGAGAUCGACCUCGACGUCAUCCGCGACGUCGACCUCAACAAGCUCGAGCCAUGGGACAUCCAAGAGAAAUGCAAGAUCGGGUCGGGCCCCCAGAACGACUGGUACUUCUUCAGCCACAAGGACAAGAAGUACCCGACGGGGACGCGCACGAACCGCGCCACGGCUGCCGGGUUCUGGAAGGCCACCGGCCGCGACAAGGCCAUCUACAACGCUGUCAAGCGCAUCGGCAUGCGCAAGACGCUCGUCUUCUACAAGGGCCGCGCGCCGCACGGACAGAAGUCCGACUGGAUCAUGCACGAGUACCGCCUCGACGACCCUGCUGCUGCUGGCUCCGGCGAUGCCGCCGCCGCCACGGUCGCCGCUGCUGCGUCGGACGGCGCGCAGGAGGACGGCUGGGUGGUGUGCAGGGUGUUCAAAAAGAAGCACCACCACAAGGAGUCAUCAGGUGGAGGCGGGGGCAGCAAGCACGGCGGCAGUAACAACGAGCACGGGCACGGCGGCGGCAAGGCUGCUGCUGCUGCAGCCGCGGCGGCGCACCAGCACCAGCACCACGGUGGGUUGCAGUACUCCUCCAGCGACGACGCGCUGGACCAGAUCCUGCAGUACAUGGGCAGGUCCUGCAAGCAGGAGCACGAGCUGCUGUCGCCGCCGCCGGCAGCGGGGCGGGCGGCGUCCAGGUACCUCCGGCCCAUCGAGACUGUGCUGGGCGGGCACGGGUUCAUGAAGCUGCCCCGCUCGAGAGCCCGUCCGCGGCCGCGGCGGCGCUGA